GCAGUAAUGCACCCAAAGUUGGUUUUCCGACCGCCAAAGAAAUCCAGAAGAAGGAGAGGAACCCUGGGGAGAAGAAUAGGAGCUGGGGAUCUCUGCAUGGAAACAUUUCUGAAUGCUUUGGAAAAAUGUCAGCAUUUGAGCUGGUUGAAGGAGCUGAUGUUUGAAUCCUGAGACUCCAUUCCUGUAGGUGGCAGAAAUGCACCCAAAGUUGGUUUUCCAACCUCCAAAGAAGUCCAGAAGAAGGAGAGGAACCCGGGGGAGAAGAAUAGAACCUGGAGAUCUAUGCAUGGAAACAUUUCUGAAUGCUUUGGAAAAUUAUCAGCAUUUGAGCUGGUUGAAGGAGCUGAUGUUUGAAUCCUGAGAGACACAAGAGACGUAUUCAGUAUGGCCAGUCAAGUAGGAAAGCACACAGACCUUCACCACUGCUCAUACUGUGGGAAGAGUUUCACUCAGCCGAGUAGUUUACAGCUGCACCAACGCAUUCACACUGGAGAGAAACCUUUCCAGUGCUUAGAGUGUAGAGAGACUUUCAGUCAGAGCUAUCAUCUCAAACAGCAUCAGCGCCUCCACUCAGGAGAGAAGCCCUUUCAGUGCUCGGAGUGUGGAAAGAGCUUCAAUCGGAGCGCCAAUUUCAAACUCCACCAAAGCAUCCACACGGGAGAGAAACCGUUCAUCUGUUUACUGUGUGGAAGCAGAUUUACACACAAAUGUAACCUCAAAACACACCAACGCAUCCAUACGGGGGAGCGGCCGUAUCAGUGUUCACACUGCGGAAGGAGUUUUGCUCACAUGACCCAUUUCCAAAAACACAAACAGACCCACACGGUGGAAAAGUCGCAUCGCUGCUCACAGUGUGAGAGUUUUGGUUUAGAGAGCGUCCUCCUUGAGCACAAGCGCAUCCACACCGGGGAACAACCGUAUCACUGUUCACAGUGCGGAAAGAGUUUUAAUCACGAGCGAUCCCUGCAGCGUCACCAGAGUAUUCACCGAGGAGAGAAGCCGUAUCACUGCUCACAGUGCGGCAAGAGUUUCAACCGGGAGUGUAAUUUCCAAUCGCAUCAACGCAUUCACACAGGAGAGAAACCAUACAGCUGUUCUGAGUGCGGAAAGAGUUUUAUUCAACAUAGCUGCCUCAAAGUGCACCAGCGGAUUCACACUGGAGAGAAGCCGUAUCAGUGCUCACAGUGUGGCAAGAAUUUUAAUCGGAAAAGUCAUCUCAAUGUACAUCAGCGCAUUCACAUGGGAAAGUAGCCUUGUAGCUGUUUAGACUGUGGAGUUUUUAAUCAUCACUAUCAUCUCUGUGUAUGCAGUAAUGGGGGUAGAACCAGUGGAUGGGUGUCAUUCAGAAACCUGAUGGCUUGUGGGUAAAAACUUUCAGCUUUGAUGUUCAGGCUUUAACACUCUAGUAGCAUCUAUGAAUGUGGCCUGGCAGAGGCUCUCCAGUGCUGGUCAGGCUGUUAACUUGUGUAACACAACUUAACAGCAUUUUAAACACAAUUUUAUGAAACUCCAGUGUUUUUUAUUGUUGCCUAUUUUAAGCUCCAGUAGGUGGCGCUAGACUACUUUCAGCUCAUAUAAAAGAAGACAUAAAUCCAUUUAUUUGGGGUGAAACAGUUUUUUUAAACAGUCAUCACAACCUCUUACUUAAUGUAUAAUCUAUCAAUCAGAAACUCCAUUUUCUCUUUACUUUUAAUAAACAUUUUCCUCUCUGUGCUUCUGCAGUGCCUCAAGGAUGAAUAAACCAUUAAUCCAGCCA